AUGCAUCACUGCGGGCCGGCAGCGGAUUCGCCAGCCGGUUGGGCAGUCGGCGAUGCGAGGGAAGCCGGCACGGUCGACUCCAGCAGCAGAAGUAGGUUAAGCAGUAGCGGCGUUAGCGAGUCCGCGGGGAGCGGCAACACCGGGGGGGAGAUCAGCACCGGCGGAGAUGGGGGGGACGGCGCAGUGCGCGAGGGCGGAAAGAGCCCGCCUCGAUUCAUCAUGUACCGCAUUAUAGGGAACAACAUGCCGCCGUUGCAGUGCCCUAGCCAGCUCCUCUGGAACACCCAGUACGCGUUGCGGCACGAGGGCGAGUUGGAGGGGUGUGAGAAGCGGUGGGUGAUAAACCAGAUAGUGAACCGCACGGAGCGGGCGCUGCUCAUCGACUCGCUGCUGGCGCACGGCUACUCGCUCAACCACAUCCUCAUCCGCCGCCUCAACCUCUCCAAGAUAUCGCAGUACCCGAGGGAGCAGUGGCUGGACGUGGUGACGGCGCAGAACGAGGCGCGCAACGCCGCCAUUGAUGACGGGGUCAAGGCGGGGGCACGGUGGAUCCUGCCGCUGGACGGCAACCACUUCAUCACCCAGGAGGCCUGGGCUGCCAUCCGCCGGUCCGCGGAGCAGGCGGAGAGCAAGGGGUACAAGUACUUCAAGGUGCCAGUGCACCGGUUGCAUGCGGAGCAGAAGCCAGCAUGGCUGCACGCCAACUCCACCUUCACCACCGUCCGCCGCUACAUCCCCCAGAUGAUUGAGAGCCAACUCGCCUUCCGCAAUGAUGCUCCCGAGCGAUUCAAGGCUGGCAUGGUGUACGGCAUGCAGAACAAGCUGGAGCUGCUGCAGCGUGCGUGUGGCGUGGCAGGGGAGGCGGGGUACAAGGAGCAGUGUGGGUGCGCCGACCUGGGCAAGGAGGGGCAACUGCACCCCUCCGACCCCACCAUUGCUGCCACCUGCGGCUACUCCCUGCGCCUCUGGUUCUUCCCCUGUAACGGCACCGAGCCCGACAAGGUGUUCAACAAUGGUCUAUACCGCAAGAGAUUGCGCACCAAGUCUAGGCAAACCAUGCAUGCUGUAAUCAAGAACCUCAUGCGCCAUCCAAAUGUUUUCUAUGUAUGA